GUCCCUACCAGCAUGCCCGUCACGUUCGAUUCCCCGGACAGUCUGCUCGAUAUCGAACUCGAGAUUGUGUCGGCCAAGGGCAUCGACACCGGUGACUACCUCGGCCUCAAGGCCGCUCUCAAGGGCGAGUUCUCGUCGAGGGACGCGUACGUUUACAUUGAGAUCGACGGCCAGAAAGUGGCCUGGACGCGGCCGAUCUUCGACACGCUCAAGCCUGAGUGGAACGAGAAGUUCGUCUUCAAGAAUGUCCAGCACUCGUUGGUGUUCAAGCUUUCGCUGUUCGACAAGGAUGUGGACGCCGACGACGAGUUGGGCGAGGCGCAGUUCAUUGCCGACACCGCUAUGUAUGCCACGGAGACUGCGUUCGACCUGCCGAUCACCAUGGCCGGUAGAAACGCCGGCACACUUAGUAUCAAGGUGAAUUCGCACCCUGUGAGCUUUGACGAAGACGCCGAGCUGCAAGAGGUCGGACCUGUGCGCUACUCUGUGCACUCGAGCUUUUCGGCCGGGCUUCUAUCCAUGCUAACGUCCAACGACGACCGACUCGAGUCCUUGGCGUACCGCGUCCAGCUACACAACAUCCCGCAAUUCUUGUCGAGAGACCACGAGUACAACAAGAACUACCCAACGAUCCAGCGGAUCUUCUCGCCCGACCACCCAGAGUCGCCUGUGUUUCGUCAAGCAGUCAUGACGCAGCACGCCGUGAUUUACUCGCACGGC